AUGGGCUCGCUGUCCGAGUCUUCGUCGUCGUUGCAAGAUGCCAAGGCCAACGGCUUGGCUGCGAACUCGACGAAGCAGAAGAAGAAGCAGCUCAUCCUCAACGCCUUUGCUAUGAACACGCCUGGCCAUCUGUCUCCAGGACUGUGGCGGCAUCCUCGUAACAAGACAAACAACUACAAGAGGCUCGAGUUCUGGACAGAUCUGGCACAGCUGCUGGACAAGGCAGGCUUCCAUGCUCUCUUCCUCGCCGACGUCCUCGGCUGCUACGAUGUCUACAAAGGCCCGGGCAACACGGGGCCAGCACUGCGCGCGGGUGCCCAAUUCCCUGUCAAUGACCCGUUAUACUUGGUUCCUGCCAUGGCCGCGGUGACCAAAAACCUCGUCUUUGGCAUCACGGCAAGUACCACCUACGAGCAGCCCUACUCACUAGCCCGGCGGUUUUCCACGGUCGAUCAUCUUAGCAGUGGUCGCGUUGCAUGGAAUAUUGUCACCUCCUACCUUGACAGCGCCGCUCGGAACUUUGGUCUCUCCCAGCAGGUCGAACACGAUGCUCGCUAUGAGUUGGCCGAUGAGUAUAUGGAGGUCCUCUACAAGCUUUGGGAGGCGAGUUGGCGCGACGAUGCGGUGGUCGAGGACCGGGAGACUGGCGUAUACGCAGUCCCCGAGCGUGUGCGACCGAUCAACCACAAAGGCACACACUUCGACGUGCCGGGCCCUCAUAUCUGUGAACCAUCUCCACAACGCACGCCGUUUCUUUUCCAGGCUGGAACCUCCAAGACCGGUCGGCAAUUUGGGGCGAAGCACGCCGAAGUAAUUUUUGCAGGAGGCCAACUACCCGAGAAGCUUCGCCCUUCCGUCGAUGCCAUUCGACAACUGGCAAAGGAGGCCGGUCGUGACCCUUACCAUGUCAAAGUUGUCGCAAGUAUGUGCGUCAUCGUGGCCGAGACGGAUGAGGCAGCCAAAGCGAAAUAUCAGGAGCUUCUUUCGUACGGCGACCGGGAUGGCGCGCUGGCGCUCUUCGGCGGCUGGACUGGAUUGGAUCUUUCUACAUACUCUGAUGAUGAAGACUUCCGUUUUGUCAAGCUGCCAAUGGUCCAAUCCAUCGUCAAUGGCUGGGCGGAUACAGUCCCGGGAAGCGAGAAUCUCAAGUGGAACAAAGCCCGCAUUGCAGACUAUUUAUCGGUGGGCGGGAUGAAUGCGAAGAUUGUCGGAUCGCCAACUACAGUUGCGGAUGAGCUUGAACGAUGGGUGGAAAUAGCUGACGUGGAUGGGUUCAAUCUGUCUCACGUCACGAAUCCAGGGUCUUUCGAGGAUAUAAUCGAGUUUCUGCUACCAGAGCUUAGGAAGCGAGGAAUCUUUCGCCAAGGCGUCGACAAAGAGGGGGCCACGGCUCGAGAGCAGUUCUUUGGCACUCCACGGCUCCUGAGCGAUCAUCCAGGUAGCAAGUACCGCUGGAGGAAAGAGGACGACAUCCCCAAAUACCAGCAACAUUGA